AUGACAUCUUCCACGUCAGACGAUAAAUUAAGUCCUCAACAAAUUGGUCGUGCAUUUGUUAUUCAGUAUUAUCGUUUAUUGCACGAAUGUCCAAAUUUAUUACAUCGUUUUUAUUCCAAUACUAGCACAUUUAUGCAUGAGGUUGAUAAUGAUGAAGAAAAAGAUACAAAUGGAAAUGGUGAUAUAAAAGGAAAAAAAUCUGUAUUAAAUAAAAAUAAUCAUAAUAACACCAACGUUAAUAAGAGUUCAUCGUCAUCGGUUGUUAUUGGUAUUGAUAAUAUUCAACAACGUAUCGAAGAAUUAGGUUUUAAAAAUCGUCAUGUUAAAAUUCGCCAAGUUGAUUGUCAUUCAACAAUUCUUCAAAGUGUCGUUGUACAAGUAUGUGGAGAAAUAUCAUCAUCAUCAUCAAAUCAGGGAGAACAAACAAAAAUGAAACGUUUUGUUCAAACAUUUGUACUUGUACCACAAUCAAAAACCAAAUAUUAUGUGCAUAAUGAUAUAUUUCGUUAUCAAGAUCCAAAUCAACAAGAUACAACUACAAUAGUGUCAUCGACAAUGCCAAUACUGGCAGUAACAGUGCCAUCAAUAAAUUCUACCAGUUUGAUACCAGAUGAUCAAGGCACAUAUCCUGCUGAUUAUCACAGUUUAAUACCGCCUGGUUUUGAUGUUCCUGCUUCUUCAACUAAUUUUUUAUUUUCAACAGCAGGAACUGAUUCAUCAACAGGCACAACAUCAACAACAACGGUACAAAAAAAAGAAAUUGAACAACCACAAUCGGGUUCUGACUCGGGUAAACCGACUACCACAAACAAUGACGAGCAAUUAUCGUAUGGAAAUUUUUCAACUAACGAUGCUAAUUCUUGGUCUCAAACUCCACAAUACGAUAAUAAUUAUUUUUUUGCAAAACAACCUCAACAACAACCAUCUGACUUUCCUCAAUCGACAAAUAAAGAAAUUUUAACACAGCCGUCAAGUGCUCAAACACGACAAUUUUCAACUGCCACAACUAUUAAUGAAAAAAGUCAACCGGAACAACAAGAAAAGACGACAGAAUCUAGCUCAACUCUUCCUGUUAAGAAACAACCACAACAACCAAAAUCCUAUCGUGAUGCCAUAGCCGUACAACCCUCAUCUUCAUCAACAGUCAUUAACCAAAAACCGCAUCAACAAAUUGAACAACAACAGACAAUUUCAUCUAAUGUAAAGAAUAAUCAAUCAGAAACACCAGCAACAGCUAAACCUACUGCUAAAGCAUCAAGUAAUAACACUGACAACUAUAAUGGUUCAUAUAGAAAUAAUCGUAUGGUAAAUUCAUAUAAUGACGACUCCGGGUAUUAUCCACAUGGAUACACCGAUGAUCAGGAAAUAUUUGUUGGAAACUUAUCAUUUCAUGCCACGAGUGAUGAGGUUCGUGAAUAUCUUUCUACAUAUGGUCAAAUAAUUAGUUGUCGUAUUGGUAAUACGGGUAGUCAACCACGUAGUUCAAAUUUUGCGUUUGUCGUUUGUGAUACAAUUGAUACAGCAAAACGUAUUUUGGAUGAUAAAGAAAAUCUUCAACAAACAAAAAAAAUUAAUGUUGAAGCUAAAAGACGUCGCCCAUUUCCUCAUACAUUCCGUCCAUCUUAUGGUACAAUAUAUUCGUAUAAUCAGAAUCAACAAUAUGCACAAUUUCCGAUGCAAGGAGGCUAUGAUGAACAAUACAACAAUAAUGGUAGUGGUAGUGGCUAUUAUCGUAAUCAAAAUUCUAGAAAAGGCAGAGGUGGACGAGGAGGAGGAGGAGGAGGCAGUGGUACUGGUGGUAAUAAAAAUUCAACAGUACAAACAGCUCCUUCAGUAUAA